CUCCCCGCCGGCUUUGGCAGCUUCUGCUCGCGGAGCGUGUUGGUGGCUCUCCGGAAAGCGAGCUCCGUCCUGGACGGCGCCCUGCCUUGAAGGAAGCGCGAGAGGGUCCCUGCCGUCAGGACCAGCUCAUGUAAUCGUUCAGGCAAUUGUUGUCUCAGCUGUGAUUGAAAACUGCCAUGCUGCUUGCAAUGUUGGAAACAAAUAUUCAAAUGCAGUGUAGCAUGUGAAAAGAAUUUGUUAAAGAGACUUAUAGGGCAUGAAGAAGAAAAGAAGCAAAAGGGAAGAAUUUACAUUAGUUUCAUAUAGUGACAAUGAUGCACACAUUCAUUCUUAUUGAAUUUCAUUGGUUGAAAAUAGAAACAAUGAAGUGAAAACUGGAAGUGGUUUGGGAAAUGAUUUGAAGCAUCUGGAGAAUAGAUUCCGUGUAUAUUGCGUGCAUGGUGAAUUGUAGCUUUCUAUUACAUGAAAUACAUUAAAGAAAAAAUUCAGUUUCGCCUGCAUUCUUUGAAUAUGUUUGCUCAAUUAUGCCUUAAUAUAUAUGCACCAAGACAUAAGAUGCUGUUGCAAUUGCUAGAAGGAUUUAAUCACUACUAAAAUGGUUCAAGAUGGCACAGGUUUUACAGAAUUUUUUUUGACUAUUAAGUCUUUUCCAUUGUGUCACUAAACACACAUAUUAAUCAAUAAUAUUUUUUAAAAAAUGUCAGAACUCAACUCCACAUCUGGAUUGAUAGCAAAUAUUGAAAAUGGAACUUUUUUAGAGCUGUACCCCACCUCCCUCUCAACAUCCAUGGAUUCACCUUCCAAUCGAAUGUCAAACGUCUAUGUUUAUGUUUCAAUCUUCCUUAGCCUCCUGGCAUUCCUUCUUUUGCUGUUAAUUAUUGCACUUCAGAGAUUGAAAAACAUCAUCUCCUCUAGCUCCUCCUAUCCAGAAUACACCAGUGAUGCUGGCAGUUCCUUUACAAAUUUAGAAGUCUGUAGCAUUUCUUCCCAGAGAUCAGCUUUUUCAAACCUUUCAUCCUGAGAAGCCAAGGAAGGAAAUCUAUUGUCCGUGGAAUAGCAUCUUAGUCCAGGUCUUCAACAUGGUCGGAAGACUAAGGCAUGCAAGAUUUGUCAGAGAAGAGAUGAUAUCUGAACUUUUCCACUUACGGUCACAUAUUGAGUUAUGCCUCUAAUAGUCUUGGAAUUUUGUAGUGUUUCUUCCAGCCCCAUCUGAAGAUAAUGAAAAGUACAUUCUUUCUCAAGUCAAUCUGCUCCUUAAGUGAUUAUAAGAAAACAGCUGUUAUUUCCUCAAUAACAUUAGAAAAACUGUUUGCCUUUGACCUGUUCCAAGAUUUCUUUUCGACUUCCCAGCCCAGCUUAUGAUUCUGAGAUCUUUGGUGGUCUCUCAUCAAAGUACUACCCAGGUUAAAUGCUACUUAGAAUUUCAAGAUUAUCCAAGUUUUAAAGGUGCUACCACCUGCUUUAAAGGAGAUACAGCUAUUUAAACUGUACAUGGGAAUAUCUGGUUUCCUGCUUCUGUUUACCGAUCUCAAAGCUCAAGGAUGUUUAAUUGUAUUCCAUUGCAAGACCAUUCUGCUACACAAGCAAGGCAAUUUUCCUGUAAAUGUGAAACAAAGAAAGAAAGCUAGUAUAAAAUUUAGCUAAUAAUCAUAUUCCUGUAAUUUUCCCUACACUGCCUGAUCUUUAUAUUUUAGUCAAACAAUUAUAAUUAAUGUAUGUACUAAUCACUUCAGACUUACUGCAUUUGUUGGAUUUGUAGAAUUACAUACUUUUCUAGAUUAUGAAUCCCCAAUGUAAUAUCCUUUUCAAUAAAUUCUGUGAUUAUCUGAUUAAUUUUAUUUUCAAAAAAGAAAGAAAGAAAGAAAAAGGUAGGGAAGGGAAGCUAACCUAAUGUGAAACUGAUAUUUCCAACAAUAUCCCAGACAGUGGUCCUGCAGAAAGAUGUUUAAAAAAAGUGAACAGUAUGGCUAUACCAUGUCAGUAUAGGUAGUCCUUGACUUACGACCACAAUUGGGACCAGAAUUUGUUGCUAUGCAAGGCAGUUGUUAAGUGAGUUACACUGACCUUUUUCUCAAUUGUUAAUUGAACCACUGCAGCUUUAAGUGAAUCAUUAAGUGUAUCCAGCUCUCCCCGUCGACUUUGCUUUUCAGAAGCUUGCUGGGAAGGGUGCAAAUUGUGAACCUGGGAUACUGCAACUGUCAAAUGUUUGCAA